AUGGACCACUUCAGCCAGUCUACACCAGCAACGGUCGGGCAGAUUAGCGGGCGACCUGCAUCAGUCGUAGUCAUCCAGCCUGCAUCAGUCGAUUUCGUCCAGCCUGCAUCAAUCGAAGUCGUCCGGCCUGCUUUAGUAAGAUGCAUCCAGCCUUCUUCAGUGAGAUGCAUCCAGCCUUCUUCAGUGAGAUGCAUCCAGCCUAAAUCAGUGAUAGUUGUUCUGCCUGAUUCAGUAAUAUGCAUCCAGCCUGCAUCAGUCGAAUUCGUCCGGCCUGCAUCAAUCGAAGUCGUCCGGCCUGCUGCAGUAAGAUACAUCCAGCCUACUUCAGUGAGAUGCAUCCAACCUGAAUCAGUCGUAGUCACCCUGCCUGAUUCAGUAAGAUGCGUCCAGCCUGCUUCAGUAAGAUGCAUCCAGCCAGCUUCAGUAAGAUGCAUCCAGCCUGCUUCAGUAAAAUGCAUCCAGCCUGCUUCAAUAAGAUGCAUCCAGCCAGCUUCAGUAAAAUGCGUCCAGCCUGCUUCAAUAAGAUGCAUCCAGCCAGCUUCAGUAAAAUGCGUCCAGCCUGCUUCAAUAAGAUGCGUUCAGCCUGCUUCAAUAAGAUGCAUCCAGCCUGCUCCAGUAAGAUGCGUUCAGCCUGCUUCAAUAAGAUGCAUCCAGCCUGCUCCAGUAAGAUGCAUCCAGCCUGCUCCAGUAAGAUGCAUCCAGCCUGCUCCAGUAAGAUGCAUCCAGCCUGCUCCAGUAAGAUGCAUCCAGCCUGCUCCAGUAAGAUGCAUCCAGCCUGCUCCAGUAAGAUGCAUCCAGCCUGCUCCAGUAAGAUGCAUCCAGCCUGCUCCAGUAAGAUGCAUCCAGCCUGCUCCAGUAAAAUGCGUCCAACACGCUUCGGUAAGAUGCGUCCAGCCUGCUCCAGUAAGAUGCGUCCAGCCUGCUCCAGUAAGUUGCGUCCAGCCUGCUCCAGUAAGUUGCGUCCAGCCUGCUCCAGUAAGAUGCGCCCAGCCAGCUCCAGUAAGAUGCGUCCAGCCUGCUCCAGUAAGAUGCGUCCAGCCUGCUCCAGUAAGAUGCGUCCAGCCUGCUCCAGUAAGAUGCGUCCAGCCUGCUCCAGUAAAAUGCGUCCAGCCUGCUCCAGUAAAAUGCGUCCAGCUUGCUCCAGUAGGAUACGGCGAGCCUGCUUCAGCAGGAUACGGCGAGCCUGGUUCAGCAGGAUACGGCGAGCCUGGUUCAGCAGGAUACGGCGAGCCUGGUUCAGCAGGAUACGGCGAGCCUGCUUCAGCAGGAUACGGCGAGCCUGCUCCAGUAGAAUACUUCAAGCCUGCUUCAGUAAUUUACGUACGAGCCAGAUUCCUGCCUGUUAUAGUAAGUUAUGUCCAGCUUGCUUCAGUAUGUUACGCUCGGCCUGCUUCAGUAUUUAACGUCCAGCCUGCUUCAGUAUGUCACGUCCGGCCUGCUCAGUAUGUUCCGUCCAGCCUGCUUCAGUAUGCUUCAAACAGUAUCCUUCAGUAA